AACAACCGUAAAAACAUUAUCACCUAUCUGGUUUCUCGGGUUGCAAAGUUCAACUUCCAAUAUGGGUAACACUCUCGGUGCCGCUUCAGCUCAAAACCAAAUGGUCACUACGUCAGAGAGUCAGUGCCGCAACGCGCCCACCUCGGUGAUGCGGCACGAGUGCGUUUGUUGUGAGCAACGCGCAUGAGACUACUCCGGCCGUUCUGGCUGUGCCCAAGUCAGCCACCAUCGAUGUUCCCACGAGCCGUCGUCAGCAACCCCGGCCUCGGCCAAUCGCAACAGCUGACAUCCAAUCGGCCUCAGAGCAGGAUGCGACUGAAAUGUCGGACCUGGGCGAGGCCGGGAGUGACGAGGACUUGCAGUUCCAAGUCGAUGGUCUGGAUUCUUCUUCGGCGGACUUCGCUAAAACAUCCCACGCCUACUCGCGUGCUGUGUGCAUCUCGUUUACGUUUGACCAGGGAAAAGCAGCUCCCUUCGGCAAUUUUGAGAGCAAGGUGCAGCACCUGGUUGAGGACUUCAUCGCUGAUAACGGAGGCAACAAUGACCAGGGCAUCGCACUGCUCCCCUUGGCAGCUCACCUCGUCAAGCACGGCUUCCAGGCGGUUGUGGCGGCCCCACCCAAGCCCAGCACCGCGGCGCCCCUCAGCACCCGUUCCAUCAACGCACCCUUUCUGGUAGUCACCCGGGCCAACGCCGAUGACGUUCAUGGCGACGUGGCCAUGGAGAGCCCAGACCAGAUCAGGGACAAGAACAAGACCUUUGAAGCUGCCAACCCGGAGCUGGUCAUUGUGGAUGCUGCCCUGCGGGAGCACCUGGCUCUGGCUCCCGCGACGGCCGCCUACCAGCGCGCUCUGGCCGCUGCAGUACCUGAGGUCUUCGUCGGCACGUAUGACCGGCUGAUCCGGCUCGUGGGCUCGCUGUGCCCUGCCAUUGCCGCCAACUUCACCGCCCAGGGUAUGGAACGGCCGCCCUGGCGCAGCAAGGCCGCGCUGCUUCACCGCUGGUCUUCAGUGGAGGAGCAGGAGCGGCGGCUGAGGGUGCAAUGGCCGCCGCGUGAGCAGGAAGCUUCUCAGGCGCCGUCGGUGAAGGACUUGCAUGAGGAAGGGGCUGUGGUGGAGGUGCCGUGGCCAGAUGGCAUGCCGGAGAUGGUUAUUACGGCUGAUGCUGCGCGAUUCGCGGCCAUGAAUGUGGUGCCGAUUGUCGGCUUUGCGGUGGGCUCGGUGGCGGUUGGCGAGGAGCCGUGGCGUGACACGCAGCCUGGCGCCUUUUCCGAGUCGUUCCUGCGUCGGACGUCGCUGGCAGAGAGCGACUUUUCUAGUGUUGAUAGUGGGGAAGUUAUUGCCGGACUGUCGCCGGUGAGCGUUUUCCGUGACGCGCUGCCGGCGAUUGUGGCUGAGCCAACAACGAAGGUUGUGAUGGGCUUUGUGUGAGCCCGGUGCGGUCGUGUGAGGGUGGCGUGCCUGCAUAUGCGGUGGAAGGUCGCCGCAUAUACUUAGCAGAGUAAUUUUGCAUUUUGCUUUGUGAGGGUUUCUGGAUGCGGCAGUGGAAAUAUCUUUUGUUUUUUGGAGCAGUGCUUGAAAAUUCUUUUUAAAAUUGUUUUGCAUCAGGUAUUUCUUUUAACGGGAAAUUGUAAGCCAUGCUAGCCUUUUAGGCCUUGGCAUAAUGCCAGGGUCGAAUGCGGAGGUGUGCAGAGAGUGACAGCGUUGCGGAGCGUGCACAAGGUGCAGUUUACUCCCGCAGAUUCUUGCGUCCUAGUAUUUUAUCGUUUUUUAAACUUGAAAGUUGGAUAUUUUAAAAAUUCCAAAAGCUUCUUUGGAAUUCUCCCCAAUGUGUUCGCACGUCGUUGCAGCGCGUGUGACUUACUAUCUCCAGGAAACCCUUCAGUAGGACGAAUUUAGGGAAGACCGGCUGGAUGUAAUGCAAACCGUGUUC